CGCAGUGAACAGUGAUUUCACAACCUCAAAAAUCCUCAAAUCAUAUGGAAAUUCAAAUGUUUGUGGAAUCCACCUUCAUACCUUGCGUGAGAAUGUCUAAACACUAAGAAUCUCAAAAAUCUAGCCAUCAUGGGUGUCUUGGCCGAAGUGAAUCACAAAAUCAAAAACGAGAUGAACAGUGAAAGUAGCAACGUUGACCUCCAAUUCGUCGGAUUCCAUCUUCAAAAAUCAGCGAGAAGGCGAAUUCAGAGCUCCAAAAAUGACAAGAAUCAAGCCAAAAUCAAGGUGGAGAUCGGAAGUCAACUUCGCCAAAUCUUAUUCGCUUGCUGACCGAUUCUCGUGGAACCGUGCGCCAAAUCCUGUUCGUCUAUUGCAUCAAAUCCGAAAGGAAGGAAGAACAAAAAAGAAAUUGUGGGUUUUCCUCUCAUCUUUGCUAGCAUUUCUGGGAUUAAAUCUUUAUCUCAUUU